AUGUCUGCUCGCGGUGAAAGAAUCAUCAAGAUCGUGUCUUCGGACAAUGAGACCUUCCAGGUCCCACAAAAAGUCAUUGGACUUUCAAACACUAUUAGCACUUUGCUUCAAGAUCUCGGAUUUGACGAUCAUGACGGAGAAGUCGAGGAGCCAAUCCCAGUGCACAAUGUGAACUCGCAAAUUCUCAAGAAGGUUAUUAUGUGGUGCCAGCAUCAUCACACUGAUCCAGCUCCGGCCGAGGACUCAGACAAUCGCGAGAAGAGAACUGACGACAUCCCAAGCUGGGAUGUCGAGUUUCUUAAGGUCGACCAAGGAAUUCUCUUCGAGCUCAUUUUGGCUGCUAACUAUCUGGACAUCAAGGGACUCUUGGACGUCACUUGCAAGACCGUUGCUAACAUGAUCAAAGGAAAGUCGCCGGAAGAAAUCCGUCGUACUUUCAACAUCAAAAACGACUUCACUCCAGAGGAGGAGGAGCAGAUCCGCAAGGAAAAUGCCUGGUGCGAGGACUAA